UAAAUUAAGUUAGAUAAAUUUCAGAAUGAAAUAAAAUGCCACAUUUGCCUGCUGGUGGAGAAAAGAACAAAGCUUCUGAGGCGGAGAAAAAUCCGCCAGAAUCAGAUCAGGAAAAUCCACGAUUACAGUCGGCGGAUGCAGCCCCUGAACCAGAUAUACAAGACGAAUAUCUUGUUGAAAAUGUCCGACCAGUGUUCCUAGGUCGGACCCUUUCCGCCGGGACGAAUGAUGGAUUGGCGCCAUCCGGAAAAACACAACUGCCCCCUAUCAGGGCGAAUACAUUGCCUGCUAGUGGGGCGGAAUCUAAUUUUAGUGAACCUUUGAUAGUAAAGUUACCCGUGACCAGUGGUGAUCAUAAAACCAGUUUUGCCAGAAACGUCAUCGAUGAUGAUGUUUUCUCAGCUGAUACAAAUAGCACGUCUAGUACAAUUAGUGCACUUAGUGGAUUGAGUGCUAAUGAUCUAAAAGAGGAUAUUGACGCGUCCUCUAAUCUCCAGCCUCCGAUUUCGGCCAUAAAUCCCAUCUUUGCCUCCCAUCCUCCUCUAUCCAAAACUAGCAGCCAUCCCAUCCAUCCCAUCACACAGACGGGGGCCCUCGCCCCUCCCAGCGAAGAGGUUCGAGGGCGCAGUUUGCCGCGUAAUGCAGAAGCUCCUCCUACUUCGUUUCCAAGCCCUAUCCCACACUUUAAAAAGUUCACUGACCCGAAGGCCACAAAAAGUAUAUUUUACGAUGACACCAUGACCUCCCCCUUCCAUAAGUCCGUUAAUAACGUCAAGACUCACACGAGGUCGGUCAGCCAUGGAGGUGUUCAUUUCAGAACCCCCUCCUUGAGAGAGCGCGAAGCGGCCGCCGCGGCAGCAGCAGGAGGAGGAACACAGUUCAGUCAGAAUCUACAAAACCAGAAACUAACCUCAGCGCUGAAAAAGCCCGGUCAUAGGCGUGUAUUCUCUCAAGGAGGAGUGGGUAAUCAGGAACCUUAUAAACCAGGGCAUACAAGGAAUGGAAGCAGAACUGAUUUUUUACUUCCCCCCGAUCAUGAGGAGAGAGAAAGAAAGAAAGUUAAUCCUAUAAAUCCUUCAAGGCCUGGGUCUCACAAACGUAAUCACUCAAGAACUGAUAGCAUAACAGGCUUUUUUAGAGGCCAUAGUAGACAGAAUUCAAGAAGCGACUCCAUUUACACUCUAAGACAAACAACAACUAACUACAAGAAAAAAGUAUUUUUCUGGAAUAAACCUGUUCCAGCUGUUGAAAUAGAAAGGAAACAUAGAACAGUUGUUCCUAAUCAUCUUGUUCCAGGCUCACCAAAGGAUACUGAACAUCCAAAUCACUCUUUCCUCUCGAACAAGAUUCGAACCACUAAGUACACCUUCCUCUCCUUCCUACCAAAGAACUUGUUUGAGCAGUUUCACAGGUUUGCGAACCUGUAUUUCCUGUUCAUUGUUCUAUUGAACUGGGUUCCUGCCAUCAACGCUUUCGGAAAAGAGAUCAGCAUGCUUCCAGUUAUCCUGGUUCUAGUAGUUACUGCAAUCAAGGAUUUGUUUGAGGAUCGGCGACGAUUAACUUCAGACCAAAGAGUCAACAACUCGACUUGCAGAGUAUUUAACCAUCAAGAGAGUAGAUAUGAGGCUAAAUAUUGGAAGGAUAUUCGCACUGGGGAUAUAGUUCAUUUGUCGAACAAUGAGCAGAUUCCAGCCGACAUUCUUCUUCUUCAUUCAAGUGAUGCCUCUGGACUUUGUUUUAUUGAUACACAGAAUCUUGACGGUGAAACUAACUUGAAACAAAGAGAGAUACCGAGAGGACUUAAACUUGGAACUGGACCUAAUCUAGAUGUUCAAGAGCUACGAUGUAAUCUAGAAUGUGAUGCUCCAACUACUAAAAUAUAUAGAUUCCACGGCAGCUUAGUUCAACCAUGGGGAGAGCGAAUACCUGUUGGUAAAGAUAAUCUGAUCCUACGAGAGUGUAUGCUCAAGAAUACAGACUAUGUUGAGGGUCUUGUUGUAUAUGCAGGACAUGAAUCUAAGGCUAUGCUGAACAAUGGUGGUCCUCGAUAUAAGCGCUCUAAACUCGAGAGACAAAUCAACUCCGAGGUUCUAUACUGUGUAUUUAUUCUCUUCGGACUCUGCCUUAUUGGAGCAGUAGGCGCUGGUUUGUGGAUUAACUCCUUCAAUGUGACAGCUCCAUUUCUUGCAAUACUGGAGAUAAUGGAUGUAAACCCGUUGUGGGACGGGUUCCUUGCUUUCUGGACUUUCAUUAUCAUUCUUCAGAUUAUCAUCCCUCUCUCAUUAUAUGUUACCAUUGAGCUAACUAAACUCUCACAGGUUUAUUUAAUUCACAAUGAUCCCCUCUUAUACGAUCCUGUCCACGAGAAGCGCGUGGAAUGCCGCGCUCUCAAUAUUCCCGAGGAACUGGGACAAGUGCAGUACAUGUUCUGUGAUAAGACUGGUACAUUAACAGAAAAUAAGAUGGUGUUUAAGCGUUGUAGUAUAAAUGGUCAGGACUUCGGGCAUAAUAGUUUCUCUCAUCCAGGCAGUUCAAGGGCAAUAAUCCCCACAAAUCCUAAGCUAGCUGAGUACCUGAAUACUUUAGAGAUUGGGGCUUUAGUUGACUCCACCACUCCACCCUCACAGGGUUCCCUGCUCGUACAAGAAUUCUUUCUAUUAUUAGCUGUGUGCAAUACGGUCAUAGUGGCGAACAAACCUCACAGGGAUACAAUGAAUGCAAACGGAGUCAUACAAAGUAACCCAGGAACGGCGAACUCAUCGCUUCGGCGUCCUAAGCGGAAUUCAUUAAUUGCUCCGCCUUCCGCCCUUGCUUCAUCAUGUGCCACGCCCAUUCAGGCAUCACGUGAAUCCUCUCCCUCCCCGCCUCCCUCCCUAGUAUCUACAGUGUCAUCUACAGCUGGUCUAACCACUCCUCCUGGUUCCCAGCCAGUCCGGCGACCAAAGUUUUUAGAUUUUCUACCUGCCGGUGCUCGGCCCCUCUCCCCUAUACAAUCCAGCCCGGAGACAAGUCCAGCUGAUUCACCAGCUUCCGGUCACAGAUCAUUAAGAUUAUCUACUAUGUUGAAUCCUAUCUCUAAACUUACUUCCUAUUAUUCCAAUUCAUCACUCAGCAAAGUUAGCCGUUCAUCUGUUCCUGCCGGGGAGAUUCGGCCAAUAUUUGAGGCAGAAUCCCCUGACGAACUGGCACUGGUUGACGCAGCAUUUGCGUACAAUUGUAAACUGAUAAAGCGUACACCAGGGCAGUUGACGGUGUCCCUGCCAGGGGACGGAGAAGUAGAGUUUAAGAUCCUGCAUAUUCUACCGUUUGACUCUGUCCGUAAACGAAUGGGUGUAGUUCUACUGAAUCCUAAGACAGGGAAGAAAACACUGUACUGCAAGGGGGCAGAUAGCAAUAUGUUUCCCAGAAUAUCCAGACCUAAAUCUCAGGAGGAGGAGGCGUUGUUGGAGUCUACUAAGAACCACCUGGAUGUUUACAGUCAGCAGGGUCUCAGGGUCCUAGUGAUGGCCUCCAGGGAGCUCGGGGACCCAGAGUACGAGGACUGGUUGGAGCAGCACAAAAAGGCGGAGAAUGCUCUGGAGCGGCGUGAAAAGCUUCUGAUGGAGUCAUACAACUCGAUAGAAAAUAAGAUGAAGCUUCUGGGAGCUACAGGAAUAGAAGAUAAAUUGCAGGAAGGAGUACCAGACGCAAUAUUCAGAAUUAGACAGGCUGGUGUGGUUGUAUGGGUACUGACCGGGGAUAAACAGGAAACUGCGAUAAAUAUAGCAUUCAGCUGCAGAUUAUUCACACAGAAUAUGGAGAUUAUCAAACUAAAUUCUAGAAGUAGAGACGCUGCUGAAUCAUCAAUCAGGAACUACCUGGACCAGGCUAAGCACUCAACGCGCACCCGGGAUAAGCGUGCACUUGUAGUUGACGGGAAAACUUUGGUUUAUAUUCUGGACAAACGAGCAAAUAUCCAGGAACUGUUCCUGCAGCUGACUGAGCAGUGUUGUGCAGUGCUAGGGUGUCGAGCUACUCCUCUACAGAAAGCCUAUAUUGUCAGGAUUGUCAAGGAAGAGUUAAAAAUGCAUACUCUUGCUAUAGGAGAUGGAGCUAAUGAUGUAUCAAUGAUACAGACUGCUGACAUUGGAGUUGGAAUCUCCGGCCAGGAGGGAAUGCAGGCUGUCAUGGCGGCAGAUUUUGCAGUUUCAAGAUUUCGGUUUAUUGAGCGGUUACUGUUAGUUCAUGGACACUGGAGUUAUGACAGACUGGGUCGGAUGGUGUUGCACUUUUUCUUCAAAAAUGCAACUUUUGUCUUUGUAUGUUUCUGGUACCAGCUGUUCUGUGGCUGGUCAGGUCAAGUUAUGAUUGACCAGAUGUACUUGAUGCUGUUCAAUCUUCUGUUCACCUCCCUGCCUCCUGUGGCAGUAGGCGUGUUCGAUAGGAACGCCCCCGCGGACCUCCUUACUUCACAGCCUAAGCUCUACAGUGUUGGCAGGUUGAGUACUGUGUAUAAACCCUAUAGUUUCUGGAUCAAUAUGGCUGAAGCACUUUAUACAUCAAUUCUUCUCUUCUUCAUUGCAUUUGGAGUGUAUACAGGUAGUAGUAUAGGAGUAUGGGAGUUUGGAACUCUAAUCUGCUCCCAGUGUAUUCUGGUGAUGCUUAUACAACUAGGAGUAGAAACGAAAUCAUGGACUGUUGUUCACUGGCUGGCCAUGAUUACGUCUGUAGGUUUAUACCUUGCCUUUGGUCUCAUUUACAAUGCUGUCUGUAGUGAAUGUGAAGGAUUAACGAACCCGUAUCUUGUAAUGCAGCAUGCCAUGUCUGAUCCUAAACACUACCUAGUUCUUCUUAUAACUGGAGUAGUUUCUGCGUUGCCCAGGGUCUUUGGGAGAGUUAUACAGAAUACAUUCAAUCCAUCGGAUGUUAUAAUAGCUGUCAAACAGAGACGGUUUGCCAGGGAUGAGGAGAAGAAAGUAGCUAAAGCAGCUUCUAAUCAAGCUCAAGCUGGAUUCAAUAGAUUUUACAGAUCCCCAAGUGUUGAACAGAAUGCAACAGCAGCCUCCACAACCACUGUCGAGAUGACCAACAUGUAGCCUUAGGACAACAUUAUUCAGUGUACUUCAGCCAAGACUAAUGUUCAAGCAUUUAUUUGAAAAAUAAGAUGGCCGAUAACUAAACUAGAUUGCCGACCAUUUAACAAGAUGGCAGACCAUUUAGCAAGAUGGCCGACCAUUUAACAAGAUGGCAGACCAUUUAUCAAGAUGGCCAACAAUUAUUUCUCAUUUCUCAUUUUCUUGCCGUCAUAGAUGUAGUUUAACGAUGGCACGACCAAAGCCAAGUCCAAUAUUUAGCCAACAAAGUUUCUGAUGUCCAUAUUACCACUUCCAAAUUCUCUUGACCAAUGACCAAUGGUCUCGGAUUUCUAAACUUUCCGCGCCAUUACAAAUACUAACCCACGACCUAACUACAGUACUUAGGUUUACGUAGUUUCUUAUUAGUAUUUUAUUUUUUCAGAUAAAAAGGUUGUUUCAUCCACGCCAACUAAUAACUAGAAAUUUUUACGGUGAGCAGAUCAUUAUUAUGUUAAUUGUACAAAUGCUUGUGCCAUGAGCAAUUAUUGUUUUUUUUGGCUACUCUGUUGCUCUACCCACUUUAAAUAUUUCGGUUCCCUGAAGAAGAAAUUAUUAUUUGAAUUUAUUAAUCAAGAUUUUUUUUCUUUGUCAGACUCAUGUGAGCAGAAUUAACAUUUUUCUCUUAAAGUCGUCUGCAAUGUCAACCAAAUAUUUGCCAAAGUAUGUCUUUACUUCAGAUAAAAUGACUAAAGCUCAACACUUAAUGAUAGGUAGAAAUAAGAAAAAGAGUCAAAUUAAAAAGUUUUCAAAAAGAUUUGGCCCAGGUUUAUUGUUUAUUGUUUAAUUGAAUUCGGAGUAUUUAACCAAAAGUUUGGAUUUUUUUCUAAGCUUCCGAACGCUCCUCUUUAGUGUACGUUUUAUAAGCACCCUGGUAAUUUUUUAAUUUUGAUCAACCUUAAAUUUUUGUACAUUUUGAACAACUGUGGAAUAGAAAGUUUAUACUUAUUUCUUGGAAAAAACCCAGAAAAUCUUACUUUUGAAUAAAAAUAGAUUAUAUUCUGUCCAGUGAUGACUGCACAUAUUGUACAUAAAUAGUAAAUCAGACAGUUCUAGUACUUGACAAGCUUUCUAAGAACUCCGUUGCCAAAAGUUGUGCUCGUCUUCCGGUUUAAAGUUUUAAGGUUUUCGCCCCCUCAUUUUUUAGAAAUUAUUAUUCGCCAUCAUUCCGCCGAUCCGCCAUUGAAUAAAUCAACUCUUGAUUCAAGCCUACACUGAUUUCGAAAGCUCUCUUUUUCACCUUAUUAUCUUCUGUUUAAAAGAACUGAAUAUAAAAGCUCUAAUUUAAAAGAAUUUUAUGCCAAAUAUUGUAUUAUCGCGCUAAUCUUUUGUAUUUAGAUAUUCGACAUACUAGAUCAUUAUUUAUAUCAAUUUUUCAUUUUGUAUUGUUGUAUUUAAUUUAAUUUUGCUUUUAGAAGAUAUGUAUUUAUAUCAUGAUUUAGGAAUUAAACAUUUAGUAAUUAUAUUAUCAUUUGUAUAGCUGGUUCAAACUGGACCCAGGGACCGAAAUUAAUGAAUUGGUGAGGUCGCUGAAUUUCCUACUAGUGCACCGGUUCAAAUCCUGAAUCACCGAUUCAAUAACCCAUGAGUAUUCAUGAAUAAAUUGAUGAGUGGUCUGGCAGGAUUUGAACCGGUGGUAGGGAGUGCAACGACUUCAAGAAAUUCUUUAAUUCCGGUCCGUCUUGUAAUUAAAUUGAUCUUUUUAUUGUAGCAAUUAUUAUCACGAAAGCAUAUAAAGUAUACUCUAAAUUUUUUUAUUUUUUAUUAUUGAAAGUCUACGGGUUUUUGAAGCCAUUAGAAAAUUGUCCAUCACGCUCAACUGAAGAAUCUGAUAGAAUUAUGAAUAUCAAUUGUAAACCUCCCCUCCCCCCCACCUCUUUCUCUUUGCGCAUCUGUCCCUUUUUACUACUUCCGGAAAAGGGAAGUAAACUUCCGGUAAAUGGAAGUAAAAGGGAAAAAAUAAGAUUGAAUAUGUUUCUUACCAAUACAAUCCUUACCUGUGAUGGCCAGCUUACCAUUUCAUUUCGUCAAGGAUUGUGUUUUUAAGAAAAAAUAUUAUUUCUAUGUUUCAAACUGUUAUGCGUAUGCCUAAUUAAAUUACUGUACAUCACUGUUAACUCUGUUUAUAAUAUCUUGUUGUAUAGUUCUCAAGUAAUUAUACUUUGAAUUGUAAAUCUGUGAUAAAUUUACAAUAUUUUUACCGUCGUUGUGUAAUUAUAGAAAUAAUAUGGA